AAGUGGAAUUUCUCAUUGGCGUUGCUUGGUCACACUACCAAGAAUCCAGCGAAAGUUUUGUUUAUUUUUUUGGGUCCCAAUUUCUCCUGCUGGAAUAAUGCUAAAUGCCAAGAUCGGGAAGGUCGGCAAGGUACUGGUGUGCGGGAUGAAGGGCGUGGGCAAGACGGCGCUGAUAGAGCAGCUGGUCUACGGCCACGUCAAUCCCGAAACGGAACUGCAUCCAACCAUUGAGGAUAUCUACGUGGCCAGCGUGGAUACAGGCAGGGGCGGAGCCCGAGAGACCCUGCGCAUCUACGACACGGCCGGAUUGCAGGGCGAGCAGCAGCAGCUGCCACGCCACUACCUUCAGUUUCCAGAUGCAUUCGUUCUGGUCUACGAUCCCAUGGAUCCGCGCAGCCUUGACAUGCUGGCCGACAUCAAGGCUGACAUUGAGAAGCACAAGGAGAAGAAGGAGAUUCCCGUUGUGGUGCUGGCCAACGUGAGGGCACGAGCAGCCCCAAAUCCCGUCGAGAAGGUCAUGGACCGCGCCAACAUCUGGUGCCAGCGAGAGCGCAUAAAGCACUACACGGUGAACGCCAUGGAGCGUCCCUCCCUCUACGAGCCAUUCACCACGCUCUGCGCCCGGCUGCACCCAAUGCAGACGAAGAGCACGUUCCCUCAGCUGCGCCAAGUUAUGCAGAACCGGCAGAAGAGCGAGGCUUAGCUGUUUUGAACGGACGAAAGGGAAGAGAUAUAAUUUAAGUUUUAUUCGGGAGUGUCCCAAUAAUCUCCGAUACUUAACAGUAGCUAUGAAUGCCACAGAUUUGGCUUUAAGUUCAAGAGAUCCUUGGGAUCUCCCCAAUCGUACUCGUAUUGAUCCAUUUAGAGUCUACUUGCCUUGUAUUAACUGUUGUGCUUUAAUGUGGGCCAGAGCCCAAGCCACUUGUACUUAUGUCUCUUUGUGUGUGUCCAAUUGUAUCUACUAUUUAUUACACCGACAUGUCUUCUCUCAUUCCGCGAGAAUUAAGCGUAAUCAGUAUUCACUGCUCAAUCGCAGCUCAAAUGGCGCGUAGUGAUUAAAUAACCAUGCCGAAAUUCUGCUCUACGGCAAUCCCCUUGGAUCAGUCGUCUGCAAGCCCCUUCCUCGAGCGCAAUGCUUUCGCGUGCCGCUUUUCUUACUGUUCUCCUAACGCUGAUCUAUGCCAGCCAUGCGGCUGCGGGAUUGAGCAUUACAGUUCCGGGCACAAAGUGGUGUGGACCCGGGAACAUAGCAGCCAACUACGAUGACCUGGGCACUGAGCGCGAAGUGGACACGUGCUGCCGGGCGCACGACAACUGUGAGGAGAAGAUUCCGCCGCUGGAGGAAGCCUUUGGCCUGAGAAACGACGGGUUUUUCCCCAUGUAAGCGUGGAUUCCAUAGCACCCAUGCUGAUCUUGGGAUCAAUAAUCGUGCGCUCCCCGCAGAUUCUCGUGUGCCUGCGAGUCGGCCUUCCGGAACUGCCUCACCGCUCUGCGAAACGGACACUCCCUGGCUCUUGGCAAAAUCUACUUCAACACCAAGGAGGUGUGCUUUGGCUACGGGCAUCCCAUCGUUUCCUGCCAGGAGAAGCAGGCCGACCUGUUCGAGACACGAUGUCUCAGCUACCGAGUGGACGAAGGUCAGCCGCAGCGCUGGCAGUUCUACGACUUGGCCCUCUACACACACGUAAGCGGCAGCGAGGAGGACUCCCGAGAUUGAACUUCGACGUCCGGCGAUAAGCCCUCAAUUGUUUACAAAACAGAUUGUGCGGGGAGCGAAACCUAAUGUGAUUAGGAUUUUGACGGUAGGUUAUUUGUGUAAUAAAUUUUCGAAGCUUAAGGCUAAGUAGCCUGGAAUUAUAUUAAAAACUGAAUUCGGAGGCUCAAUUAAAGUUCAAAAUGAUCAAG